AUGACUGCUACGACCGGAUGGGUGAAGAUAGCGACAGAGGCUUUGCACUGCGAAUGGCCCACCUUCGAAGCUGUCCGUGCCUUCUCAGUCUUCCAGCUCAAGCCCCGGUUGGCCCCAGCUGAAAUCCGGAAGGACUUGAAAAGGAUUUGCACAAUCUUUGAUGAGAAGGAUUCCCUCCAGAACCUCAUCCAGAACUUCAUCGAAUGCGAGCACACGGCUUCGAAGAAACGAACUCCGAUUGUGGACACAGAGCCCUUGGCUGACUUGAAGGCAUGGUUGGAAACUUUGCGGACACGACAGGGACGCAUUUGCACUGACCUGCAGAAAACAGUUGCAAGAGCUUGGUGCUUGGCGAUGACAACAACCAGUCCUUGGGAGCGCGACUUCUCGCAUCUGCUGCUGGCAUUCCAAAAGCGGGCUGCAAGCCCCCUCUUGAAGGAGAUCCAGUUGAGAAUCCAUUCCAUGCUGCAAAGUGAGCCAGGCUUGAAGGACGAGGUGAUUCGACGAGCACGUGAAAUUUGGAGCCAUGGUUUUUUUGCCUGA